GAUGAGUAUGGCGCAGUUUAGUUAACCGACGACGAGAUUUCUAGAACUACAUAUCACUAGAGGCAUUGGAAAUCUACCAACAUAGCUUAUAUACAGGUGGGCAAUCGUAGUUCUCUUGCUUUGUGCGGCUGAUAAUCUUCUGACAGUGCUGAUUGGAUGUAGAAGUGACAGGCUUCCUGUACGUGGGAUCAAAAUAAUAUGCCUCAGUUUAUAUGGCAUGAACAGAAGUGACAUUUCACAUUUGUAGUUCAGGUGACAUGUGUAUAUGAGGUGACAUCCAUAGCGGGGUAAUUAUCAAUGCUUCGAAGAGAUACCAUAGCAUGACGGGAUCAGACACAAUAUAUGUUACCUAUGUGCGUCGAUGACAUGAGAUAAUAAAUUGGUUCGACAAUACGUUGAAUUGAUGUUUUUUUAAUUAAUAUUCGACGCUCAGUGUUAUCAAAUAGAUAUGAUAUUAUCCUAGGUAGAAUUAAGUCAUCAAGAGAGGUCAAGAGGGGUCUUAAACUUAUAUAAAAACACAAUCACUCUCGAUACAAUUAUUUCCCAGUUGGCAAAGUAUCAACCAUGGACGAGGAAAACUUCAACGAAUCGUUUAGCACAACAGUUGAUGGAAACAUCACAACAGAAAGAUUGACAUUAAAAACCAUAUUCAACUUCAACACGUGGGAGGACUUUCGUAUCCUACAACCUAUCUGGGACUUACGAAUUGGAUAUGAGUAUUAUCUAUGCUCGCCAUUAUUCCCUAUAGUAUUAUCGGUGUCGUUUUAUUUCCUUUGUGUCUUUCCACCGACUUUGGUAGACCUGUUUGGCAGAGAAUGGGCAUGGUACCAGAAGUAUAAGAUACAGAACAACAAAGAGGUGACAUGGAAGCACGUGAGACAGGCGAUGAUGAUCACCAUCUGGAAUCAGAUCGUCUACGUGCUACCAGCAGCUAUGGCUCAGUGGAUAUGGGUACCCCCGAACCCCCUGCCUGAGCGGGCACCAACAUUGUUCGAAUACUCUUGGCAUGUUAUGGCCUGCCUACUGCUGUUCGACUUUGAGUUCUUCGUGUGGCACUACAUUCAUCACAAAGUUCGAUUCCUCUACAAGGUUGUUCAUAGCGUGCACCAUCGUUUUUACAGUCCUUUCAGUUUGGUUACGCAGUACAUGCAUCCCUGGGAGCUCUUCUCCCUCGGGAUUAUCCAAACGACAGCUCCGAUGGUAUUCCAGUGCCACCCAAUGACAUCCUGGGGCUACAUGACUGGCGCGAUCAUAGUUGGAGUCGAUGCCCACGUGGGGUUCGAUUUCCCCGGGCUACCGCAUCGUUGGGCCCCGUUUGGAUGGUGGGGUGGUGCCCCAAAACACGAUAUGCACCACCGGAGGCCAAAUACGAACUUUCAACCUUUUUUCAAUCAUUGGGAUAGACUCUUCGGAUUCGAUUGUCCCUCUGUUAAAGCAGGCAAUGUUCGCCCAAAGGAGUUGCAUGAAUAUGACUUAAGGAAGCGCAUCUCGAUAAGAUCCAAGUGUAAAAGCAGCUAAAAUUGAUUUAGAUGAUGGUACAAUCGAACAUGUACAUUAGGUUGUAUGUUUUUCUUCCGAGAUAUGCAUGCAUGUGCUCUAUUUUCAUUUCAGAACAAUUUGUCUGGAUAAAUAUAUAUUUACAAGGUUGUCCAAAAAUCUACACCUUUUAUAACCAGCUCUGAUAAACUUUAAUCUGGUACUCGCAUAGGCUUAGCCAGG